UAUGCAAGCCAGGACAGUAAGAUAUGAAGAGCAAGCUGCUGGGUGUAUCCAAAGUAACAACAGAGACUGAUACUGUUUGGCACCAGCGGCGUCGCAGGAGUUGCCCGUCAGCAUUGAAAUCAACGUAGGGACUCCAGCCCCCGAUAUUUUCCUCGGGGUUUAUUCCUGAAGCCUUCUUCAUGAGUAGAUAUAGUCGCAAGGCGGCGGAGGUUUGAAAUCUUUGUUUUCCUUCUAGACGAGCUGCCAACCGCGGCUGACGAGCCCCAUCUGCCCGAAGUGACUGGUCUUAAGGCGCCAGUAACCCAUUUUUGCCCCUUCUCCUGUCAGUAGAAACGGUUUCGCCGGGCUUAGACACUAAGCCACACGUGAAGGCCAGGAGCUGGACUUGGUUAUCAGGGGCUGUUUGAGACGCACGGCAUUGGGAGCAUGUAAUGGGAGGAUGGCCUCAGAGAAGUCCUUGAAGAGAUGAAGGCGUUGUAUGAACAGAACCAAAAUGAUGUAAAUGAGGCUAAAUCUGAAGAAAGAACAGACUUAAUCCCAACAAUCAAGUUUCGUCACUGCUGCUUACUGAGGAAUAAGCGCUGCAUUUUAGCAUACCUAUACGACCGUUUGUUGCGGAUUCGAUCUUUGAGGUGGGAAUAUGGAAGUGUUCUGCCAUCAGAAAUCCGAUUCCAUUUUGCUCCUGAAGAGACAGAGUGGUUCAACCACUACAAAAAGUCACUUGCCUCUUACAUGAGAGCCAUUGGUGGAGAUGAAGGGCUGGACAUAACUCAAGAUAUGAAACCUCCAAAAAGUCUGUUUAUUGAGGUGCGGUGUCUGAAAGAUUACGGUGAAUUUGAGAUCGAUGAUGGUACAACAGUCCUCCUGAAAAAAAACAGCCAGCAUUUUAUGCCCAGAUGGAAGUGUGAACAGUUAAUUCGUCAUGGAAUUCUGGAACAUGUGUUAUCCUGAGAAUAGCAACUGAAUGUUACAGGCGAUAGCUUACUCUUGUUUUGGCAUGUAUUACCUGCAUCUUAUUAAAAUAUUCAACUGAGAGUAAAACCCUUUAAUUUAACAGCUAAUAAAUUAGUCACUGUUUAUUAUGCUAAGUUAUAAACACCACUAUUUCCAAGAGGGUUAUAUUUUAGCAGAAGCCUAAAAAAUCAGCUAAAACCUUUCUUCCCUCUCAGAGCACAUCCUUGCAAGGAAAGUAUGUGAAGGAGGGGGAGGAAUUAUCUUAAUUUUGUCUAUCACUAAUUAUGGAGGGCGAGGGUUGGACCACAAACAUCAGAACUGUGUAAUUUCAGUGCUUGCUAAUGUUCAGCUGAAAAAUGAGAAUGUGGUCUGAUCCUAUAUCUGGGAGAACCUGUAUAACCCAAAGAAUAAUCUCGUAGCUUUAAAUAAACAUUUUAAUUCAAAUCAUUUUAAAUAGUGUACACUGACAUCCUUGAAUAUUUAUAAAGUUUCUUUAAAAUGUAUGAAAGUCAAAUAAAA